ACCGCCUCACGCUCACAUCGUCUACAAUCCAUGCCGAAUUUACACGCUACUUCUCAUUCUGAUUAGAGUAAAAUUAACUGAAAGUGCAUCAAAUUCCGUCCGCCUAAAUCUAAAUAAAUAUAAAUAGUUUUUACAUUAGGUAAAAGUGUGAAACGAUAAUAAUAAUUGUGUUUUUUUUUUCUUCUAAAAAAUCAGUGUCUGGGUGUCAGUGCCGGGAAUUAUUUUGAAUCGGGAAUAGUGCAUAUAUCGGUGUGAGGGGCAGGACGCGCGGCGCGGCUGCGCGGGCGAUGCGUGAGAAACUAGCGGCGCUGCUGCGUACCGCGGUGCGUGCGCCGCCGGCCAACGCGGACAAGCUGCGCGCGGGCGCCAUUGGUCCUGUCAUCGUCUUCCCAGAUGAAGGGAGCGUACACGAAAGCGGACUGGUAUGGCGCGGGUGCUCCGCCGGCUGCGACGCCGAAGACGGCGCGACAGGAGCGCUCACCGACGGUAACUCCAAUCCAGGAGACAAGUUGGAGGGGUCGGACUCAGCUCAGGACGACCCUGUUCACCUCAAGAGACGGGUGGGACUCUUCAGUGGGGUGGCUCUAAUUGUCGGCACCAUGAUAGGAUCUGGAAUAUUCGUCUCGCCCUCUGGGCUGCUGGAGCGCACCGGUUCGGUGGGCAUCAGCUUCAUCAUUUGGAUGGCGUGUGGCCUACUCUCAUUGCUGGGAGCGCUCGCGUACGCAGAGCUAGGAACCAUGAACACGUCGUCGGGUGCCGAGUAUGCGUACUUCAUGGACGCCUUCGGAGGACCACCCGCGUUUCUAUUUUCCUGGGUGUCAACUCUGGUGCUGAAACCGUCGCAAAUGGCAAUCAUCUGCCUGAGCUUCGCCAAGUACGCAGUGGAACCAUUCGUGAGUGAGUGCGAACCGCCUGAUGCGCUUGUCAAACUGGUAGCGGUCAUUUCAAUAGUGAUGAUAUUAGCGGUGAACUGCUACAGCGUGAACCUGGCCACAAACGUCCAGAACAUCUUCACCGCCGCGAAGUUGGUCGCGAUCGCCAUCAUCGUCUGCGGCGGCGCUUACAAACUUAUAUUAGGUAAUACGCGACAUUUACAGGAGCCCAACUUCUCGACUAGCACCGCAACGUUCGGCAACAUUGCCACGGCGUUCUACACCGGCCUGUGGGCUUACGACGGCUGGAACAAUCUCAACUAUGUCACUGAAGAAAUUAUGAAUCCAUCCAAAAAUCUCCCCUUGAGCAUUAUAAUUGGCAUCCCACUGGUGACCCUGUGCUACGCGCUAGUGAACGUGUCGUACCUGACCGUGAUGUCGGUCAGCGAGAUGGUGGACAGCGAGGCGGUGGCCGUGACGUUCGGGAACCGUCUGCUGGGACCCAUGGCGUGGCUCAUGCCGCUGGCGGUCACCAUAUCGACGUUCGGUUCCGCUAAUGGCACGCUGUUCGUUGCUGGAAGGUUGUGUUUCGCCGCAUCCAGGGAGGGUCACUUGCUGGAUAUUCUCUCCUACGUCCACGUUCGCCGCUUCACACCAGCCCCGGGCCUAAUAUUUCAUUCCCUGAUCGCUGUUGCCAUGGUAUUGUACGGAACUAUAGACUCGCUGAUUGAUUUCUUCUCGUUCACGGCGUGGAUUUUCUACGGAGGAGCCAUGUUGGCGUUGAUCGUCAUGAGACGCACUAAGCCCCAUGCACCGAGGCCCUAUAAGGUGCCCAUUAUUAUACCGUACAUCGUUCUUCUGGUGUCAACGUAUUUGGUGAUCGCCCCAAUAAUCCAGACGCCCCAGUGGGAGUACCUGUACGCGACUGGUUUCAUAUUCGGAGGCAUGCUCGUUUACCUCCCCUUCGUGAAGUGGGGUUAUUCUCUGCCGUUCAUGGAUAAAAUUACCGUUUUCUUGCAAAUGCUAUUGGAAGUGGUGCCAACGUCGACGACAUUUGAAUAUUGAAUUAGUCUUCGCUGGACUAUAAAUAAAGCAUUUUGUGAAAGUUAUAUCUUAUAUUUCGUAAUCUUAUUUACAGAUGUAACAAUAGGACCGCCGGCGAAUUAAGUGUACUUAAACAUAUUUUAGCAAUAAAUGACAACCUACUUUUGUGAUUUAAAUUUAUAAAAGAAAAUAUGUUGAAACAACCGGUUUCAUUUUCAUAUGUGCUUCACCUAUCUAAAUACUAUAAAACUUAUACAUCAAUAUAAAAAUGCUGUUUGGGAAUAAGUACCUACUUAUUUUUAAUAUCAUAAUAAAACAGGAAAGUGGUAAACUAAGUGGACGAAUACACUUAGUUUGAAAUUAUUUAAAUAACGGAACUUACAAAGUUAUUUGUAAGUAGGUACUUGCUAAGUGCAACCUCUUCACCUAAUUAUUAGGAGCAAAACUAGAUAAGUAAAGAGUACCUACUUACUCGUACCUACCUAAAAUCAUCUUCAAUUCAUCAAUUUGCUAGUAAGUAGUUACUGCAUGUAAUUGUUGAUGACGUAUAAUGUUAUUAAAGUAAUUUAAGAAAAGCAAUAAAUAAUGUUACUGUGUAUCGUUUUGCUACAUUUUUCAUUCAGAAAUAUU